AUGGUCCGAUCACUCAAGCAUCAUGAGGGGAAGCUGUACGUGGAAUGUUCUCUAUCUUCUGUUUUCCAGGCCUCCUAUACCAGUCCCUGCUGGCUCCGAAAAACAGACUUUAUUACCUACAAGUCCGAUCAGGGACACCGCGAUGCUGCUGUGGUACGGAGAUACAUGAUUCAGAAGCCAGAAGAUUACCACAGAUACAACAAGAUUUGCGGCUCCCUGCGGCAACUUUCACAUAAGAUCAGCUUGCUGCCUCCCGAGAGCCCCGUGCGACAGAAACACGAGAAGCUGCUACUAGACAAGCUGUAUGACAUGGGCAUCCUGUCGUCGGCGUCAAAGUUGAGCAAUGUCGAGCACGGCGCUACUGUCUCUGCCCUAGCCCGGCGGAGACUACCGGUCGUCAUGACCCGAUUGAGAAUGGCGGAGACGGUCCAAGCAGCCACGAAGCUCAUCGAGCAGGGCCAUGUGAGAGUAGGAGUGGAAACUAUCACGGACCCGAGCUUCUUCGUCACGAGGUCACUGGAGGAUUUCAUCACAUGGACGGUGGGCAGCAAGAUCAAGAAGAGCAUCAUGAAAUACAGGGACAAGCUGGAUGAUUUCGAGCUGCUAUGA